AUGGUGCCUUUGUAUUUUUUAAUGGGUCAGGUAUCUAAUGAUGAGUUGUCCAACGGAGAUUCUGGUUUUUGUUGUAUAAUUUUGCGGGUGAUCGAUAUUUUGGUUCACGUGUUUAUUCUGGAUUGUUUUUUCGAUGAUGAUCAUGUUUUUUUGCACGAGUAUCUUCAGUCAAUUCAACGUUAUUUGGUUCCACUGUUGAGCUGUUAUAGUCAUCAGAUACGACUACAUAUUCUACGGAUCCUGUCUGUUAUUUAUGGCAAGUUAAAGAAUCUUGAAGACAAUGUGUGUGAUAAUACUCAGGGUGUUACUACUAGUUAUCACUCGUCUCCUGUGUAUAAUGUUAUUGAGCGAUGUUUAAAAGCAGAAAGAAUAAAACUUGGGCCUCAAACAGCUCGUGAUUUCCUUAUGCAUAUUUUACAGUUACAUGCUGAUCGUGAUGUGAAAAGUUGCUCACAGGCUGCUGAGAUUGCACUUCGCUACCUAUUUGGUCUACUACAUGUUCAAUUCACUGCUAUAUGGCCAUCAGUGUAUGAAGCUAUUUCAAGUUAUUGUGAAGGUAUAACAUAUACCCAUAAGCAAAAGUCUGCUAGCAUCAUUAGUAGUGUUAGUGGUGAUGAUAGUGUUGAUACAGUUACGAAUCAGUUAACUACUGAUGCGAAAAAUUGGAGUAUAGAGUGUAAAAAUCUUUUCUGGAGUCUAUUCAAACCUUUACUACUUGAUGUGGAAACAAAAAUCGUCAGUAAUGUUGAUACUGUUAAAGAUUUACAACAGAAAUCGUCUAAUUCUACCUUGGAAAAUAUCUACAGUUGUUCAUAUGAGACAGCCAUCAUUUGGUUCACAUCUAUUCGUCCUGAUUUGCAUAGUUUAUUAAGAAAAACAACCAGAAAUGAUCGACUUUCAAUUGAACCAAGAAAACCACCAGAUUGGAUUGCUUAUCGUCUAUGUCUAUGGCAGUGUUUACGUUGGAAGGGAGCUUCAAAAAAUACACGUUUUCUCACGCCUUUAUUGCUGAAUACAAUAAGUUCAGCGUUGCAAUUCGGUGUGAAUAAAUCAUCGGAACAGCUUUUGCUAAUUAUCUUGGAUUUAUACUCUCAGUUUACGAAUAUCAAAUCGAUUUAUAUGGAGAAAGAAUUCAAAGAAGCUAUUCAUCAUUUACUGAAAUUUAAACAACCGACAAUCCAGAAAGCAGCUUUCAAAUGCAUUCUUGCCUAUAAACAACCAUCUAUUAAUAACUAUCAAGAACAGAUUGAACAGAUUAUUGACCUUCAGACGUUUCGUGAUACAGUUCGAACUUUUCGAUUGGAUACAUCGUUAUUCUCAUCGGAACAUCGUGAACAGAUUAGCGGAGUUUUAUUGCGUAUAUUAUAUGGUCGUUUACAAUUGUCAAAAGGUCAAUUCGCCUCAGCUAUAUUCACUAAUCUUGCUUUAUGCACAGACUCUGAAUUAAAUUUAUUCUUAAGCUUCCUGUUGGAUCCAUUAAUCAAAGAAUCAGAGGCAAUGUCUACAAUCAAUUUUACUGACAAUAAGUUGAAUGAAUCAAUUCAGUGUAUUCGUCAACGUGUUGAAAAUACUAUCUAUGGAAAAGAUUCAUUAUCUUGGCCUCGUUUACAUGCGUUAUCAAAAAUUAUCAAUCAAGCCUUAAUGUAUAUGGGACAUCGAUUGAAUAUUGUCAAUCUAACCGACAAUGAAACUGUAUCCAUUGAUACUGACAAUAUAAUUCAACUGAAUAAUGUUCAUAGUAGUAAUUCUGUUAGUCAAAAUCUUCACAAUAUUCAACGUGCUGAUAUUCUACUUCGUUUAAGUUUAUGUCUAUUGACUAUGGUGUAUGAAGUGAAAAGGAUUAAAUCUGAGUCAAAUAAUACUAAUAAUCGACUACCUUUACCAUCACAAAUGAAAGCAGUCCGUUGUGCUGGUAACAGUCUAAUAAUUCACUUAUUUUCAUCAAAAUGGUUAUGUGAAAUUGAAUUUUGGAACAAUAAUCAUAGUGAUAAUGAUAUACUUAAACGUUCAACUUGUGUUAAACAAGUUUGCUGUAAUCCAUUUGUUUUAAAUGAUAUCUUGACAACUUCAUGUUUAUCAAUUAAUCAUUUAUUAAUCCAAUUAGGAAGUUUAUGGUCAUCUUCAUCAAGUUAUCUUGUUGAUGAAUUCUUUGAAAAACCGUUGGUACAAACAUUUCUCAUCUUGUUAAAUAAUCAUUACUGUGGUACUAGAAAAUUGAAUAAUAAUGUUAUUGAAAAAUUAGUUGAAAUUAUACAUAAUCUUGUCUUCUUGCCUGAUGUCUGUAGUAAAGGUCGGAGAUUGUUGUUCCCUUUUCAUUCAAAAGUUGUCAGUUAUCUGCAUAAACGUCUACAAGAAUUAUGUCAAUCUGGAUUAAGAUUACAACGUGAAUUUCGAUUGGUUGGUUACUUAGCUCAAUUACCUCAUGAAUGUGUAGUUAUAGAUGAAUGUGAAGAUUAUAUAAAUUGUCUUAGUUCAACAGAAGGUGAACAACUUCUUCAUGCAUUACUACAAUUAUUAUCACGAUCUGCUAUACGUUAUUUGCAUACAACAACUAAUUCAACACGAUCAACAGUAUUUAAACGUCGUGCUCUUGUUAACUCAGAUGAAUCAGCUGCACGAUAUGAUCUUCAAUUGGCUACAGGUGAAGCAGUUGAAGCUGAACUUAUUCAAUCAAUUCUUCAUCUGAUACCUAUUAUCAGUAAUGUUAGUGAAUAUUUAAAGAAAGUACUUAAUUUAUUUGUUUGCUCUAAAUCACGGGUUGCACGUAGUCUCCUCUGUCGAGUUGUCAGUAUAUCUUUAUCUCGACUGCCUAACUUCCCUUUAAAUCUGUUUGAUACACUCAAAUCGUUGACUCAGAGUAAUUCAACAACUGGACAAAAUGAAUUAACAGUGGAUAGUUUAAGAUAUUUCACAAUGUAUUUAUCCAGUCAUAAUCAUGCAAAUGAUGCAAUUGUCAAUUUAACUGAAAAUAUUUUAAUAAUGCUUAAUUCAUGGGAUGAAAAUUAUAUUGAACAACCAGAUGUGAAUAAACGAGUUACAGGUUUCAAUUUACUCAUUGAUUUAUGCUUAUUAUUUAAGUUGAUUCAUCCACCUGAACAGACAUUAAUAUUACAUAUAGCUGGUUUAAAUUGUGCUAUCUAUACAAUAUGUCAUGAAGAUUUACAAUUACGAGAUAUAUCACUUAAUUAUAUAAUAAAUGUUAUUGAAUCUAUUGAAAAACGAUUAAUUUAUCAACAAUUAAAUGAAACUGAUAUUUAUUAUCAAGAAUUGAUUAUUAAAUGUAUAUGGCACAAUUUAGUCAUCUGUUUACGUGAUUCAUCUAUAUAUCUAAGUUAUAAACGUUUACAUUUACUACGUCUUCUUAAUACUAUUAUACAUAUUCAUAAAUCACAUAAUCAUUCAUCAAAUAAUGAUUUUUAUACUAAUCUACAAAGUAAUAGUUUAUCACGUCAAUGUUGUGCUAUUCGUCGUCUUGGAUUAUUUUUACAUAAUCCUAUAACAAUAAUAUCUCGUCAACAAUUAACUAAUCAUCUUCAUAGUUUAAAUCAACAAUCAAAAAAUUGUCCAAUUAAACAAAAAGAUUUACGAGAAUUAUUUCUGCCAAUUUUAUGGUUUUAUUUAGAACCUGAAUUGAAUUGUUAUUCAGAAACUAGUAAUUCUCAUAAAUUAGAUAAGCAUAAAAAAUUAUAUGAAUACUGUUUAGAUGCUAUUGGUGCAUUAGCUAAACAUCUUCAUUGGAAAUCGUAUAGAAUUCUAUUAGAAUCUGUAAUUAGUCGAUUGAAUUCAUGUAUAAAUACUAAUUUAGUAUCACAGAUUAUUGUUAAUCUAAUUGAUGCCUUUCAACCGCCUAAUUGGGAAGUGUUUUCCAAGUCUACUGAUGAACAAAUAAAAGAAGAAGAAGACGUUAACAAUUCUAAUCUUGUACAUAAUAUCCCUGCGUCUAAAAUUUUAACACGAAAAAUAUCACCGGAAAAUUUAAAUAUCCUUAACUAUAUGCUUAGUGUAGUUAAGCGUCUGGAGCCAUUCAUUGUGAAACCGAUUAAAACAAAAGAUAACACUGGAACCUCAAAUGAUAAUCAGUCAACUACUACUAGUCAACCGCUUAAAAUAUCUUUAGUCAUCUCACUAGUUAUGUUACUUCGACGUUUACCAGAUGGUUAUCUUGAAUCACGUUUACCUCAUUUAAUACUUCGUGUUGUAGAUAUUUUACGACCAUCACGUGAUAUCAAUUUUGAAGUACGCAAUGAAGCAUCUAAAUCAUUAUCACGAAUAGCUCGUCUACUUGGUCCUGGUAAAGGAUUAGAUAAAUUAUUUGAAGUAGUUACUCAACAACUUAAUCGAGGUGGAUAUACCUACUGGCAAGUUAGAUUAUAUACAUUACAUCGUGUUCUUGGUGAAGUAGAACAGGCAAUAAUCUCUGGUGAAGUUGCUUUUAAACCUGGUCAAUUGGAUAAUGUUGGUCGUAUACUAGGACGUUUGUAUUUAGAUGAAAUAGUAGGUCGAUUAGCUGAAGAAAUGGAUUCACGAAGAACUUCAGCAAAAACAUUAUCCGAAACGUAUAAUAAAGGUAUAUCAACUAGUGAAUUAACUGAAGCAACCAGUACUAGUUAUCUACCUGAGGCGAAUGGUUUAAAAUCUCCAGAAGGUAUUGCUCGAUUAUGUCGAUUAUUAUCAUCUGAUGGUAUCAUUAAUUUAUUCAAUGAUAUUAAAAUAGCUCUUUCAUGUGCUGUCUCUGGUAGUGUAUUAGAACAAAUGUUGAAUAAUCAAUCUACAAGUGUAAAUAAUUUGAAAUCAUCUUCUCUAUCUAUUGGAUGUGGACUUCGUUUUCGGCAUAGAGCAUUAGCUCGUCUUGAAUGUACAUUAUCUCGUCUAUCAACAAAGAAUGCAAUCUUUUCAAAUCAAUAUUUAAAGUCAAAUAUAAAUACUAUUAUUAAAUUAUUUCAACAAUUAGUUAAUGAAAAUCUUAAUGAAAUUUUAAUUCUUAAUGAAAAUUCUCAAUUAAUAAUUGAUAAUAAUUCAAUGGUAAUUAAUUCGAAUAAAAAUAUUUCAAGAUGGUUACAACCACAAUCAAAACCACUUGAACCACGUUGGCAUUAUUUAGAAUUAGAAAAUGAACCAAUACGUGAAUAUAAUUCAUCUAUUACACAAUCUGGUUUAACACAAUCUCAUUUAAUGAUUUGUUGUGGUUUACAUUUAUUCAUUGGACUUAUACGUUAUCAUUGGUUGAAACCAGAUAAUUUAGAUCAUUUACAAUUAAUAAGUAGUAUGAUUCCAUCAAUUAUUAUUUGUUUAAAUUCAAUAUAUGUACAAGUAUUAGAAGUUGCUGUAAAAUGUGUUCGACUUCUACUAUUAAUAGCUACAUCUAAGGUAACAGUUAGUAGAAUACCAAAAUUUCAUGAAUAUUUGAAUAGAAUUGGUGAAAAAUUAUUUGAUAUUUUAGCUAAUCAACCUAAUAAUAGUUUAUUAUCAAAUAAAAUAUCAUCAUCGAAUUAUUAUGGAGAAAAUCUUGCUUCAAGUUUAUAUCGUGCAUUCGCUUCAUUAGUACGACAUCAAUAUGGUUAUCCAUUAUCAAAAACUCAACUGUUAACAUUAUUAAAUGCAGUUGAUAUUGAAUUAGAUCGAUAUGCAAUUGUCAGUCCAUCACUUUCAUUACUUCAUGCAAUUUUUCAACGUCGAUUACGUGAUCCAUCUAUUCAAACAAAUGAUGAAAAUUUUCUUAAUCUUGAUAUAGAUCCUGAAGUGAAUAAAGAACUUCCUGUUAAAGGAUUAAUUAUUGCUAGACUAUCAGAUUGUGAUCAUGAACUGAAUACAGGUGCUAGUGGUGGAUCUCGUCUACUUGAUUUAUUUAAUCGACUUCAAAUUUUAGCGAUUACAUCAUCAUCGGAUCAAAUUCGUUCAGAAGCUCGUUGUUGCUUAAUCACUUUCCUAUUGAAUUAUCCACAUAAAGUUAAAUUUCUUCAAAGUUUUAUUGCAUUCUGUGUUCGACAACUUCAGUAUAAAACAUCAGCAGGUAGAUUAUCAGCAGCUAGUCUACUCAGUGGUUUAAUCUCUGAUUUACCAAUUACUCGUCUUAUGGGUAAAAAUCAUAUGGAUGAAGCUAUACUAUUAAGUGUUGGAGCAGCUAUUGAACGUGAAUCAGAUCGUAAAUCACGUAGUACUCUGUUAAAUCUUAUCCGCCUUUUAUUUAGUAAACUACCCAGUGAUACAGCUCAAUCAUAUUUCAAUGAUUAUUUGUUAGCUUUUUUAACAGCUCCUUCAGAGACAAGAUGUUCUGCACGUUUAUUAGGUUUACAAAUGAUAAUAUCUAUUCUAGACAGUCAAUCAUGUUUAUCAGUCUCUAAAUUACGUAAUAAUUUGAUCAGUAUUCUAAGCAAUGAUGUCCUACCGAUUGCAGCUAUACAAGUGAAUAAGUUAGUACUAUCUAAUCCAUCAAUAAUGAUUGCUAGUGGUUUAAAUGAAUUCUAUAACAAAGGUUCUAAAACGAAAAAUCCUAAAGAAGAAUAUUUAUUAAAUAAACUUAUUAAAGAGGAUGCUCAGUGGAUAAGUGAUUUAAAACUGGAGACAACUCAAUCAGAUAAUGAAGAUUAUGCAGAGAUUGCAGAAGAUGUUGAAAUAAUGAUUUCAUCAGAUGAAGAGAUGUCAAUUAGUAAUGAAGAUGAUGAUAAUGAUAUUGAUUUAGAUGCUGAUACACACUCUGAUCCAUUUACUACGACAAUUACAGAACAACAACCUUCUGAUAUUCCUGACAAACAACAGUCAACAUCAUUUAGAAAACUUAAAGCUUCAAAAUCUGCUAUUAAAAACCAAUACUUUUUGGCUGCUUAUACCAUGGAACAAUCAUUAAAGUUGAUUUACUACUUGAUUGGACCAAAAGUAGUAGAUGAAACUAAUCUGAAUGAUGUAAAUGAUAUAGAAACUUAUAUUUCGUCAGUAAAAUUGUCUACUUUCUGGCGUAUACUUUUGAAUGGACCAAAAUAUGAUACAAUACUUCCUCCAAUCACUGAAUUUCAAUCAAAAAAAGCUCAAAUUACAUUGAAAAAACGUCGUGAACAGUAUAGUACACUAUUCUCUACUGAAACAAUAACAUCGAAAUCAGAAAUUAAAUCAAAGAAAUUUAGUCUUUUAGUUACUGGUCAUCGUGAAUCACGUGAAUGGGCUACACGUUGUUUAUCUCUUCUUUUAAAAAUAGAAGUAAAUGCAAAUAAGGAACGAUUUGUUAAACAUGUGAAUACAUUGAAUUCAGAAUCAUCUGGUAUCAAUGUAAGAUCGACUAUAUUUAAGCGAUUACAGAAAGGCAAAUAUGGUUUAAACAAAGUUUUACAGAGACUACUUGAUGGUUUAUUAUUCCAAUUAGAGGUUGAUGCUCGUGUUCCCAUUUCAGAGGAAUGGUCGAAUUCGAUUGUAUCCAACUUGAUAUAUUUAGGCCAGUUAUUACAUUUAACAGUUGGUCGUAAACCUGUUCUAAGAAUAUUUCGUGUAGCAAAUAAAAUUGCUCUGGAUGAAUUAAACAACAGACCACAAUAUUAUUGUCAAAGGUUAAUGGCAUUAAAAUUGAUUACUGGCCUAUUGUUACGUUUACCUCAUCCAGAUACAAAUAUAUUAUUUGAUAUGUUUUCAUUAACAAAAUCUAAUGAUAAAGUGAAUGAAUUAAUAACUGAUGAUACAUUGAAAAAGAAAGAAGAAGUUCCUGCAUAUUUUGCUUACUUAAGAUCUGCAUCAAAGUUACUCAGUCGAGAAUUUCGUCAACGUGAACGAUUAGCAUUUAUAGCAGCUUCCUCUUUAUCAACUAAUAUUAAUGAUGAGAAUACAGAUAUUGGUGCAAGAAUACGACUUCGUGGUAAUUAUUUAUCAAAAGAGCUUACAGUAAGAGCAAAGGCUAGAAGAAGAAGAGCACAGGCUCGUCUUCGUCGUGCUCUGAUGUCAGGUACAAUAAGACCAGAAUCUGCUCAAAGUCUUGUUACUUCAGUAUCUGCUGGAAUGGCUAAAGCAGGACCAGAUCAAUUAGUAGAUUUAAUUGAAUCUACUGAAUCUGCUUUAACUCAAGAACUUGGUGGUGGAAAUCAUCAAUUAAUUCAAAUUAUAUGCACACGAGCAUCAUUAGGUGCACGUAUUAUCCGGGAACGUCGUAAUCUACACAAAGCUACACAUGAUGCUCUUGGUAUAGCAUGGAGUGGUCCAGUUAAAAAGAAAUUAAAACUAGAUGUAUCACCUCAGUCAUCUUCAAAAGGGGAAAAUUUCAAUCUGGAUACAAGUCCCUCACCUAAUCAAUCGUGUAAACGAAAACGAUCUUCAAAUGAAGAACAUGAUGAAGAGGAGAAGAUAGAGAUAAAGGCAAAGAAAAAGUCUCGGAAAUGUUGA